UCUCUCUGUCAAUCCGAUGCCAAAUCUGUUUAGGCUACUUUGCGCAUGUACUGCUGGGCAAAGCGAGCAUAGCAUCGACUCCAAGAUGGCGAAAGCACGUCUGGUUUACCUCCUGACUCUCCUCUCAACUCACUGCUACUUCAGCGUGUUGGCAGUUGUACUGAGGACAGACAACAACUCACCGUGGACAGAUGAGUUUGACAGAAUUGAAUUAUCAUGUUUGAUCGACUCGAUUUCGACAAACAAUCCGAGAAUUGAGUGGAAAAAGAUUAAAGCGGAGGGACCAAGCUAUGUGUACUUCAACAAGAAAGUUUCAGGUGACUUGGAGAACCGAGCGGUGAUCAGAGAACCGGCCACAUUAGUGAUCACCAACGCAACUCGUUUGGACACGGCAAAAUAUCGCUGUGAGGUCACGGCUGCUGACGACCUGAAGUCCUUUGAUGAGAUUGUGAUUGACCUUGUUGUUCGAGUAAAGCCCGUCGUUCCAAAAUGCAACGUCCCCAAAUCGGUCCCCUUUGGGAAGUCAGCCGAACUGAGUUGUUUGGAGGAUGAGGGUUUCCCCAAGUCUCAGUACCAGUGGUUCAAGAACAAAGAGGAAAUUCCUGAUGACCCAAAGAGCAGCAUGAAGUUCUUCAACUCGUCUUACACUCUCAACUCGGAAACAGGAAUUCUGAAGUUCACCUCCGUCAGAAAAGAAGAUGCUGGCGAGUACCACUGCAGAGCUAAAAAUGAUGCAGGAUAUGCUGAGUGUGCGCCGCAGAAGAUGGAAGUCUAUGAUAUUGAUGUUGUGGGGAUUGUACUGGGAGUGGUGGUGGUGGUUGUGGUACUUAUAUGUAUAUCAGCCGGGAUCUGCUGCGCAUAUAAGCGAGGUUACUUCGCAAGUCAAAAGCAGGCAGGGAACAACUACAAAGUUCCAGCAAAAGGAGAUGGGGUGGACUAUGUCAGGACGGAGGAUGAGGGAGACUUUCGACACAAGUCGUCGUUUGUGAUCUGAGCGUGACGCAAGAAUGACAGUGGGGAAAGUGCCAAGUGAAACGAGUGACACGUGCGGCUGCCGUCCUCGCAGUCUCAAUCACGGAGCCGCCAACGGUUCAUGCUCUGAACUCUCCAACUUUUUCACGUUUGCCAAAGGUGACAAGAUUUCAAAAGGACAACAGUUUGCAAAAAAAAAAAAAAAACCUUACCAUAUUGAGUACACAGGGGAUUGUUUUCUUCAAUUGCUGUACUAAACCGUGGACUUGAACGUUAUUUUCCAAACUCAAAUCCACUUGGAUGAAAUAUUUGACAACACGUAGUCCCACCAAAAUCAUUCAAACAUGACACAUUUCUACAUGACGCUUCACAAGAUGUGUCAUUUGUAAUAACAUUUAUUUUCUACUGUUGAAAUUUGUCAGACUAUUUUUGAUGGGAUAUAUUUUAAAUGCCUAUAGAUAAAGGUUUACUUUUUUAAAUAUUUGUAAAAUACUAACUGUGCUUUUUUUUUUUUUUUAAAUUGUAAUUAUCUGUUUGUGGGUUUAAAAUAUCUGCGAUUGGCUGGCAACCAGUUCAGGGUGUACCACGCUUGCUGCCCGAAGACAGCUGGGAUAGGCUCCAGCACGCCCCGCGACCCUCGUGGGGAUAAAGUGGAUUAAAAAAUGGAUGGCUGGGUUUAAAUGUGUUACUUUCACCACUUUUACAUUCAAGCUGUCAGCAUUUAUACCUUUGCCACCAGAAAGAAAGAACGACGAUCAAAGCAGGUUUCCGUCAGCAUAUCAACAUGUGGUUCAUGAUCAGCGGUCUUGCGUCUCGAACUCUCACCGCUGGGAUCGCCCGGGUUCUGUUUGUCAAAAAGCAACCAAAAAAAACCUCUGUUUUGUUUGUAGUCUUAGAAAGAGGUUUUGAAGAGUGCCAGUCAAAUGCUGUGAAACACUGUACCACAAUCAGUGCUGCGUUUUCUUGAUUUUUUUUUAAGUGUCCUUCUCAGCUUGCUGUUCAUUUUUGUAUAUAUUGAAUUUACUGUCCUGUAGCUGUAAUACAUAACGUACGUUCGGUAUUACAUUAUCAGAAGAAAAAGGUGGACAGGGUGUGUGAGUUAGCCUUUUAGACCCCUCGCCCCUUAAAAAAAAAAACAAAAAAAAAACGUGCUGUAAUACUUUGUUUCGACAAUAGAAAUGCAAUCAACAAUCUGCGGGAGUCUGCGACCUUUACCUGCUUCUUUAAUUCACGGUUAAAGCCUGUCAUCAACAAAGCCUUUCAUCACAAAAUGUGCUGCACCCGCAUCGUCCGAGAAUUGUAUCAAGUACAAUGUAACCUGCCAAGUAAUAUUAUUAAUAAUAAUAAAUAAAAUAUAAUGUUGAGUGAAUUUGUACAAAGGCCCACCCUACUUAAACCUUACUCAUGCUACGCUCAAUGUUCAAAGUCACAUUUUAAAUGAAUAGCUGUUAUGUAAGUAUCAAGAGAAAUGAAUCACUG